AUGGUAAAUCUGCACGUCAAGACGACGUCAGGGAAGACGUUUUCAGUAGAGGUGGCACUCAACAGCUCCGUGUUAAAUUGCAAGGAGGCGCUUGUGACCCUCACUGAUGUGCCUGUUGCGCUGCAACGCCUCAUCUACAAAGGCAAAGUGCUUAAGGACGAUCAAACACUUGAAAGUUAUGGCAUCCAGGCGAAUGAUACUAUUUACUUCGUCAAGGGUUCAGGUAGACCAGCGAAACCAGCAACUGACACGACUACUUCCAGUUCGACUAACUCAGGUUCCGCUCCGGCUGCCACACCCACCCCAGUCGCUGCACCUGCAGCAGCGGCCAACCCAUUAGGUUUUCCGUUCUUUUCUGGAACUGACGCAGGAGCUGCAAACCACGGCAAUAUAUUUGGCAGCCUACUGACUGCACCGAACAUGCAACAAAUGCAGCAGCAAAUGAUGGAAAAUCCGGAAAUCGUUCGGCAAAUGAUGGACUCGCCUAUGAUGCAAAACAUUUUAAGCAACCCAGACAUUAUGCGCAAUAUCAUGCAGAGCAAUCCGGCCAUGCAGCAGCUAAUGGAGCAAAACCCACAAUUCAGUCACAUCAUGAACGACCCUGAGUUGCUUAGACAGAGUGUGGAGGCCGUGCGGAACCCCGCGGCAAUGCGUGAGAUGAUGCGGAAUCAAGAUACUGCAUUACGGAACAUUGAGAGCCACCCGGAAGGUUUCAAUGCCUUGCGGCGUAUGUAUCACGAUGUGCAGGAACCGUUGAUGAAUGCCGCAGCUAGUGGUACUCCAGCGCCUCGUGGUCCAGCAUUUACUAUGCCUGGUGUUGCUGGCGGCAGCUCUGCUGCAAGCACGACGCCGCCACAGACCUCAAGUUCUACCUCGUCGGCAUCUACUGGUGCUACUAAUCCGUGGGCUCAUUCUUCUGGUGCUGCAUCAAAUGGCAUUACUGGUGCUGUCUCAAAUCCGUGGAAUGCUGUUGGUCCUGGUGGCUUGGGCAAUAUAGGUCCGGAAGUUAUGGCGCAGAUGACGCAGAACCCUGUUUUUCAAGCAGCUUUGAACCAAGUGUCGAGUAAUCCAGAGCAAUUUAUAUCACAAAUGGAGGUGAUGAACCCGCAGAUGGCAGCUAUGAUGAAUGCUAACCCACAGAUGCGGCAAAUGAUGUCGAACCCUGAGUUCUUGCGGCAGGCAAUGAACCCGGAAAAUUUGCAGGCCAUGAUGCAGAUGCAAAAUGCUAUGAAUCAGCUGCGGGCUUCAGGGCUGAUGUCAGGAUUUGACGGUCUGAACCUUGACGCUGGUUCUGGUACUGCUGGAGGAUCUAAUCCGGCUGCAACCAAUCCUUUUGCCAUGUUUAGUCAAUUUCCUGCUGGGCUUGGUGGUGCAGCAAGUACACCCGCUGCUCCUGUCGGCAACCCAGAGGAGAUUUAUGCGUCACAGCUAACCCAAUUGAAUGACAUGGGCUUUUCCAACCGGGACCAGAACCUUCGCGCAUUACAAGCAACUUUUGGAAACGUGCAAGCUGCUGUAGAUCGCCUACUUAGCGGCUUCAUAUAG